AUGUGGGGCGUCUACAACGACGAGCUCCGGAUCCAGGUCGACGGCCUCUCCGACUUCACGUUACCGAUGCGCUUGGGCGUCGUCGGCUGUCCUGUGCGGCUGCAUGACGCGACGCUCGGGCUGUCGCUCCGUACUGCGCCGCCGACAGUGACUUGGGCUCCGGCGCCGCACGGGGCGGCCAGCAGUCACAAGACGAUCCGGCUCACCAACCACGGGCCCGAGCCAGCUACAGUCGAUUGGGGCGUCUACGAGCCUCCGGAUUCGAGCAGGCUGACCAGCGCGCGGCUCGCCGUCGCUUCGGACGGCCGCGUGCAGCUCCGGCCCUGCGCCUUCUCGGUGCAGCCGCGCACGGCGGUGGUCGAGCCAGGCAAGGAGGGGAGGUUCGUCGUGUCCUUCGCGCCGCCGCCCCUGGUUGGGCCCACCGACUGUCGCCUCGUCGCGCACCUGGCGCACCCGCACGCGGUGGUGCCGGCAGCGCGCGACCGGCGCGGCCUCGACGCUGCGACGAGUGAGCACCCGCCGAUCGAGCUGGCGCUGCACGCGGACGCCAUCGCCCCCGGCCUCGAGCUCUCGGAGGAGAAGCUCCAGUUCGAGGUUUCGCCUGUGUGGCCAGAAGAUGCGCCGUGCUACACAAAGGUGCUGACGAUGCGCAACGCGCAGGCGUCGGUGCUCCGCUUCUCGCUGGCGGUGCCGGCGCCGUUUGUGCUGCGCGGCGUCGACUCCUCGUGCCCGCAGGCCUCACGCGUGCAGCAGGAGGGGCUCAGGGCGGUGGUCUCCGAAGCGUCCGUGCUCGAGCUGCCACCGAGGGAGACGCUGACCGCCACCAUCUCCUUUGUGCCGCCGAGGAAGCGCCGUGGCCGAAGGGGCGUGCCCAACGCCGCCUCCGACGCCGAUGCCCUCUCUGAGCACGAAGAUGCGUCAUCGGUGGCGCCGUCGCAAGCCACGGGGGUGGGCUCUGAGCGCACCUCGGUCGCUGCACGCACCUCGCCAGCGAACGCGCAGGACGCCGCCCUCUUCUCUCGCGAAGAGAUUGAGGAGGACCUCGCGAUCGCCUUCGCCAACGGCUCCGUCCAGACGUGCCCGCUCGCGGCGCUCGUGACGAAGCCAUUUAUGCAGCUGUCGCGGUCCGACGGGGAGGGCCGCGCCUUUUGCGGCGCUGUCAGCUUUGGGGUCCACCACGUCGAUUGCCCGCAGGCCGUGGAGCUCCAACUGAGCAAUCCGACCGAGGUGGACGUGCAUUGGUCGUGCAAGCACCUGCCCAUCGCCAAGCACGUGCCGCCCGGCAUGACCGCGCGCCGCGCCGCCGAGCUCGCCGCAGAGACGAUCGACCGGCCCGAGGUCUUCUUGCUCGGCCAGCGAGAGGGGUCGAUCGCGCCAAAGCGCGGGAGGACGCCCGCGUUGCACCCACUCUCCGUGCACUUCCACGCCGCCGAGGCUGGCCGCUACCGCAGCGUCUUCGUCUUCAAGGUGAGGCACGGCGCCUCUGUGAAGCUCGAGCUCACAGGCGAGGCCACAUACAACGAGGAGGACUACGACGCCGACCCGAGGGAGCGCCACUUGCAGCUGAUGCUCCCGGGGACGCUGAGCUGA